GCUCAGGCGCCCUUCUAGCCAGACGCUGGACGGGCAGCACGAGUCGAGCCGCGGACGGCUUGAUAGCUCGGCCACCACCGCAUCCUUUUGCGCAGGUUGCCGCAAGCAUUCGGAAGCUGAUCGCUGCACUGGCGCUGCACGCCCUUUGUGUGCCAUGGCGGGCGUGGAGGUCCUCGCGGCCCUUGGCAUGAUGGGCACGGAGAUCUUCCGGUACAAUCGAGAGAACUUCGAGUUCGAUCAGGAUCAGCGGUUCGAGCGCGAGGAGCUUCGCCUAAAGAUGCAGGUGGAACGCUUCUCCCUGUUCCGAGAGGACAUCCGUGAUCUCGUGGAGUUGACGGUGGGCAAGAUGGACUUGUACCACUUAGUCGGUGCCCUGUUUCUGAAAGGGGUCGUCCUGUAUUAUGCAAAAGGAACCUUCGAGAGUCCGCAUCCGCCGAAGACCCUCACCAGCCUCUACUAUGUCUCCAAUGCGUCCGCCGCCUUCUACCUCCUCCUUGCGAUCUGGAUGGCCAUGCAUGCCUCCAUCGCCUGCACCAGCUACGGGGUGCGACUGCUCACGCGCUUCGUGAGGCUGCCAAUACCCGGAAGCCAGCAGCUGAACACCCUGAACGCGCGCAUGGCCGACUUCGAGCGGCAGGGUGCCACGAUGAUGCGGGUGCCUUUCUUGCAGAGGACGGCAAACGACUGGAAGCAGCGCGGCAGAAACGACCAGCUGGAGACCGACCGCGCCGAGGACACCCUCGCCGCGUCCCGGGGCCUCGGCGGCGUCCAGGUCUCGACACCGCCGCAGUGCACUUUGGGGCAUGAGAUGGUGGUGCUGCCGCCGUCGUCGAAGGCAAAGGCAGCCUGGGCAUGCACCAAGUGCCACAAGGAAGCACGCAGCUCGCUGGACGGGUGGUUUCGCUGUCAGCCAUGUGACUACACACUGUGCCCAGCGUGCUCGAAGCUUCAGCUGCACGAGAACAUCGACCUGGAUGCGGGGGAGAAAGGUUUGACUGAUGAAGCCGAGCUUCUUAAGGCCGUGGAGCUCAGUACGUAUCGCCAUGUGCAGCUUUUUAGGCAGUUGCAGGCACAGUGGCAGUGUUACGAUGCGUACGCGCGCGUGAGCAUGGCACUUGGGGUGCGGCAGAUGCUCCAGGCUGUCAAUUAUUUCGUCAUUGGCUUUACGAUGGUGGAUAAUUGCGAGCCCAUGGCCGCGUUGGUGCUGACGAUAACUAUACAGUCGGUUGCAACGACACUCUCCGUAUUGGACAUACACGGUUUGCCUUGCUGGGGGAAUUUCGACUUACAGGUCAUCGGCAGCCUGCCAGCGUUCCUCACGUGCUUGUCUUUUGUCCUGUCAGGCCGCACGGAGGGGGAUUGCACACAUGUUGGCGAGGACUCCUGCGUUCUUGACCCUAACAACCGUUACAUGAUGUCCGUGGGAUCUUUAGGCUUGGAGAUCAUCUGGUUUCAGCUGUUGCUUUGGGUGGCCUCCCCGUCAAAGGACGAGGCGUCGUUGCCUCGACACUUCCGGACUGUCCUCUUCAUGGACGUGUUCGGGGAUGUGGACGACCCCACCGAGAUCAACUACCACACGGGGGAAAAGCUGCUCCACGGCCCGGCGGAGAGACGGGCCAGGGACGCUGCCGAGGAGGCCGACGCCGCGUGCAAGGCGGCGCAGGCCGCACUGUGGCGCUGGAUCGCGGCGGGCGAGGCCGAUGCCGACCUGACGGACCUGCAGAGGAAGACGCUGACGAAGGCGAAGGCGGACUUCAAGCACUGGUCCGCCGAGCUGAGGCACGUGAAGGCCCGCCACAAGCUCCCCGCGAGGAGCGACGACGACGGAGAGGGCGCCGGCCUCGCAGCGGUGGUCGGCCCCUUCGAGCGGCGCGGCGGCCAGCUGUAUUACUACCGGGUGGAGAAGCGGAAGUUCGUCAACGAGGUCCCCCAGGGCUGCAAGCUCCUGACGCUCGGGGAGCUCGAGGAGGACAUCACAGUCCUCCGGAUGCAGACGAAGCAGCUGCGUGACCUCUACGGCGUCAGGUACGACAAGCGGGGCGUGUCCCGCGACGAGGCGGGAUCGAACUCGGACGCCGACUCGGACAGUGAGCGCGAGGGGGACGAUGUCGCGAGCGGCAGCCGCUCCAGAUCUCCAGAGCAGAAGCCGGCAUAUCGCAGCGAGGAGGUCUUCACGGAGGUCAAGAUACACGCCGUGAAGCUCCCGUGGCGGAUCGUGCGCGCGCUCACCCGGGCCAUCCAGCUGAUCUGGUUCUUGGUCGGCGUCCAGGCUGCCAUGGAGGAGACCGGGCUGACGGAGGACCCGUCCUUCCGCGCCCUCGGGACGACGCUGAAGAGCACCGAGCGGCACCACGAGCGGCGCCUGCUCGCGGCGGGGCCCCUGGGGGGCCGGGCGGCCCGCCCGCAGGCCUGGCCGUUGGAGCUCCAGGACGUAGAGUGGCCCCACGGGCCCCUGUUCCGCCCGGAUCGCGUCCACUGCCCCCCGGGUGCGGCCGCGCUCGUCGGCAGCCCCUUCGCCUGGUACGGCCUCCUCGGCUCGCGCGGCCAGGCGCUGCGUCUGGAGGAGCUCCGCGGCGGCACGCCUCCCGCGGGCCGCGUGCCCCUGUGCCCGCUGGGCAGCGGCGCGGCGGCGGGCUCGGCCUGCCUGGCGGGCUCGCUGGCGCCGGGCGGCGUGCUCGUGGAGGCGGCGGCCGCCGCGGGUGCCGCGCCCGAGGCCGUGCUGCUGCCGGUGGCGGGCGCCGGCGCGGGCGCAGGCUGGAGGCACCUGGCGGGCGCCGUGGUGCCCUGCAGCUCGGCCCCCUGGCUCCCCGCGCCGCUGCCCGCGGGCGUGGACGAGGAGGCGCUCUGCCUCGUGCUGCUGGGCUGGGCGCCCAGCGGCCCAGCCCAGCUGGUGGCGGCCCCGCUCCCAGCCAGCGCCGCCGGGCGGCCGGGCCUGCCGGAGGGUGGGCCGCCGCUGCGGAUCCUGCUCGAGCUAGCGCUCGGCGCCGCGCCCGCGAGCCGCGGGGGCGCGGCGGAGGUGCUCGCGCUGCACCUGGGCGCGGGGGCGGCGCGUGCGUGGGCGCUGACCGGCGGCGGCGACCUGAUCGCCUGGGACUUGCGGGGCGGGCGGCCCCGCAGGGUGGCCCACCUGCGGCCCGAGCUGCCGGAGGAGCUCGCGGCCGGCGGCGGGCUCCGCGUGGCCGGCGUGUGCGAGGACGUGAGCGGGGGCCUGCUCCUGGUCGGCAGUGCCGGCAGCGACGGCGGCCGCCCACAGCUCCUCUGGGCUGCCGGGCCUUCGCUGAAGUAGCCCCGGCGCGAGGCCGGCGCGCGGCGCGGUCGCCGACGACCUGGAGCUCCCAAGCGCUGCUAUAGGCCUUCGCUUGGAGCAGCCGUCGUGAGGUCAGCGCGCGUCGCGAUGUUCGGAGACGAUGGGCCCGCGGGGGCGGGAGGCAAAGGCCCGUGUUGCUGGACGCUGUGGGCGGGGCCGGUCUCCGGCCCUGCGGCUCGUCAAGUCGCC